AUUGGGGCCGUUGUUAGGCGGGCCCAUGGCGCGAGCUCGGGAGCUGCUAUGGGGCGCUCGAGGCCUGGCGCUGCUGUUGUGUCUAGGUGGAUGCUGCGGCAUAUGGAGGUAUAAAACGAAUGUAGAAAACUAUGCUCUCUUCACUACCAGAACCACUAUAUAUUUAGAGUAUGAAGGACAUUCAUUUGGGGAAUGGGACAUUUCUCCGCCAUGUACUGUUACAAAUAAAAGUUCACGUACAGCAACACUGAACUGUCCAGUUCCUGGAAUUCACAAGAUUAGACCAAAAGUUGACAAUGAGACAUUUGAGGAUGUGGACCGCUAUUUGCCUAUCUCUGAACAGUUGAAUUGCUUUUUGUGGUAUGUGUUGAAAAGUUCUCCAGAGCAGAGAAUUAGAAAGAAGUGUUGGACAUAUUUGGGACAUGUACUCUGGAUGCCAACACACAGACUCCCAUAUGAAGCUGUCAAGUAGAAACCAACUGGUGUGAGGAAACAUGGGCCCCCAAGAGAAACUUUAAGAAGAACCCUUAGCAGGGAGGGCAGAACAGUCAUUCUCAAUAAUAUUGAACAGAUGGAGGCAGCAGUACAUGAGAGAAGGAUGGAAGAGACUAGUUUCAGCCCUGUGCACCAGUACUGGUGUGAGAAGGAUGUAAUAACUAAUAAUAAUAAAUAACAACUUUUACACUAAAUUUGGUACUUCUAUUUUCUAACCAGGAGGUGUGACCCUAACAGCCCCUAA